UGGUGUUUAUCUAUAUACUAAGAGUGCCAUAAGCAGCAUUAGGAGCCACUGCAAUCUCCUUGUCUUGUCCAGUGAUAGGCCUCAGCUCCACAUGUUCAUACAUGUGGUCUCCACCAUCAGUGACUGAGGGAGGUGGUGGUGGUAGUUGGGUGUUCUCAUACAGUGGAGCAGUUGUCACAGGAACUGGUGGUCCGGGGUCUGUGCAGUGGAAUCAGAGGAGAAAGAACAGGAAAGACAUAUUCCUGGUUCUAACAGCUCACUAAUAACUUCGACAGCUGCUUCAAUGAUCAUGAAGAAUGCUGGAAGAAUGAAAUGUUUGUGUUAAUGUUGAGUAAUGCAUGGUAUCCGGUUUAUUAGCGAG